GAAGUGGGGAAAAACUGAGGGGUGAUUACCAAUCGGAUUGCUCCCGCGCAGGAUAAAGUGGUAUCGUCAUUUCCCAAGAUUCCCGCGCACGCUAGCAGCCGGCGCACGCUGACUACAGAAUACCGAGCGGGAAAUCAAUACCGCAUGGGCAUCUCCCGCGCGAUGAAUGUUUUUUACUUAUUGUUCGCAUCCUCUUAUCGAGACGAGCGGAGAUAACACUUUAGGAAACUUACCGAUUCACACUAUUAUCUUUGGCAUCCGACGUAACACUCACGCCUUGCAUUUUGAUCUUUGAAACAAGAAAGAUUCGGAUCACACAUAUCCAUUUCCGUUCCCGCACGUCUGAAGGUUCAGCGUCCGGCAACAAGCCGGCUUUUUUAAGGUCCAUCGUCGAGAGAAUGCAGAUGCAUGGCUAGAAUGAUAUUUCAGAAAGAACUUGUAUCGGAGAUGUCUUUCAGUAUCGUUCGCACGAUUAUUUCUUUCCCCAUGCAGCUCUGAAAUUCGAAAUGCCUUACAGGUUGCGUCAGCGUUGAUGAAUAGUUACGUACUACAUCGAUAACUUGUAUUACAUCACUGGAUUUUGUGACGGAGGAAUUUAAUGCAAUCAACAGCUAACUGACUCGAUAGGGUUUGAGACCACGCACUUUAGCAUUGACCCAUUGAGAACCAAUGUGAAAAUAAAAAAAUCAAGAUUGAGUCCGUGUUUACCCCUGUUUACCAUUCCCUUUCCCACCGAAAGAAAAACAAUUUUAGAUCAUGGAUGAGGACAGCAGAAUCGUGCUUCAUCGAGUCGCGUUUCAAACACACUAUGAACGUGGUUACGAGAUGGAAAAUCCGAUGCGUAAUUUUUUCUCUCAAAUUAUUUUCCACGUGUUUUACUAUGGCUGAUUUUUUUUUACCUGCAUUGGAAAUGUCAAAUUUUUAAUAUCCACGCACUAAUUAUGAAAAAUUCUGGCUAAAUCCAAAUUGAGAAUAUCAAUAUGCCAGAAGGAAAGAAAAACCUGAAACUACGAGAUGUUUGGCGAACAUGCAACAAAAUCAGGGCGGCAAUAUUCCGGGUAGGGACCAACCUUUGGGACUACUACAAACCCUUGGACCCUAACAAUAAUGGCCUCAUCUCAGAAUCAAAGUUCGUAUCGGUCUUGGCCGGACCACUUCGAGGACCGAUCGGUCUCUCAGAUCAAGAAAUUGGCGACUUAGCUGAUUAUUUCCGGAUUCAAGAUGGGAGAAUUUUGUACAGUCAAUUCUGUGAAGUUAUUCAUGACAGUGUUCCCGAGUUUGGUAAUAACAAGCCACUAGUGACCGGUUUGGAAUGGGAAGAUCCUUUACACGUGAACCGGCUCAGCGGUACCGAGCACAGAAGGUUGUCUCUGAUCAUCACGCAAAUCGCUGUCCUGAUUAACAAACGGAAAUUGGUCCUUCGCCCGUACUUCCAGGACUACGAGUUGGUAGCAAAAAAUGCCGGAACUGUAACCCUUGCCCACUUUGCCAGGGUAUUGAACUUCCUCGGCAUAGUGUUAGCCGCUGAUGAAUUUAAUUUGCUGAUCAAGCGGUUCGUUAAAGACAGCUACACCGUUAAUUAUGUAGCCUUCGUAAAAGCUGUCGAUGACGCUCAAAACUACAUGGACCAGCAUGGGAUGUUGGGCUUGGGGGGCGAUUUAUUGGAUCAAUUUCCUGGAAGAAUUAUUACUGCGGAAUUGCCUAAAUUACCGAGACCAGAAAUAGGCCGGGUGCUACCGGGGGAAGUAUUUGGACGACAAUCUGUCUUUCAUCCAGUAAUGGAAAAACGUAAAGAGUUGAUGCCACUGAUCGAGGUUCUGCAAAGAAUACAACGGCACGUUUUGGAACACCGUAUUCGUAUAAAUGAGUUUUUCAGGGAUUUUGAUCCGCUGAAUUCUGGACGAGUAACAUCGUCGCAAUUUCGAAGAGCUCUUGAUGGAAUGCAGGUAUCAGCUAUGUCACGUUUGUACUUGGCAGAACCCGAAAUCGAUGGUAUCAUCGCCUUGUACAAAGACUGCAAUGAUCCAGAUAGGAUUAAUUGGAGGACCUUCGAAGACGACUUGGACCAAGUAUUCACUGUGAAGGAACUUGACAAGCUACCAACACUGCGUAUCGAUCCACCCCCGAAAGAGAUAGCCGAAUUAUGUCGAAAAGGUCAGAAGGAUUGGCAAUGCGAAAAACCGCCUGUAAGAGAAUUGUGCGAAACGGCUUUACACCGUGUUCGACGGCGAACUGAGGAACGGGGAAUUCAUCUUAAGCCCUUCUUCAAGGCAUACGACAAGCACAAUCAUGGCCAUGUGACGAGAAGCCAACUUCGGCAGACUAUGACUACCGCUUGCAUUCUCCUGUCGCGAGAGGAAACGUACGCUUUGGAACAACGUUACAAUGAUGAACUGGGUUUCAACUAUGCCUGGUUCAUCGAGGAGAUGGAAGCGCGCAAGCCGGAAGUACCGUUGUAUAAUUCGAUGCUGGAGGAAAAGAAAUUAUUAAACGCCGAGAAACCCAUGCCGAAGGCUACUAGCGAUGAAAGCAAUAUACUGCUGAUACUCGCAAAAAUCAAGGCUAAAGUAGUUCGCGAACGGAUCAGGGUCAGCGAAUUUUUAAAACCAUUCGAUCCGCGAAGAGAACUAAUUAUUCGGAGAGCAGAUUUUAUACGAGGCCUGGAUCAGCUUCGUUGCAAUCUUACCUGUCGGGAGAUUGAGACAAUUAUGGAAGUCUAUAAAGCACCUUUGAGACCUAAUUUUGUUGAGUACGCAAGAUUCGCAGAAGCUGUUGAAGAGUCUGUAGCCAUGGGAUCUCUUGAGCGCGCUCCUCUUCUAGUCCCUGUACAGCAUUUGCCAUCGACGGCCUGUACAAGAACGUUCCUCAACUUCGAAGAGCGGCACGUUUUAGCACAAGCCAUGGACAAGUUAUGUGUCCGAAAAAAUAUCAACAUGGAAGACAUAUUUGCGGACUUUGAUAAGGAUAGAAUUGGCUCCGUCUCCGGAGACUGCCUAACGAAAGCUUUGUCUGGAAGGAACAUGCUUCAUCUCAUAAGUGGCGUUGAACUGCAGACUAUACAAAAAUGCUUCGGCAUCGAACGUGGCGGGCGUUUGGAGUUUGACUAUAGAGCUUUCUUACACGCUUUGUACUUGUUACAAGAAAACAAGAAGACCAAUCCUCUUUGAAAAAUUUGAAAACGAUGCGACAAACAUUCAUAACAUUUUAUUAGGAAUCUCCAAUGGUCAAAGAUUUGCGGUCUCGUUUUCGUGAAUAUCAAAUACGCACGCUGCGUAGUGCGAACAACAGGACGAGUUUUUAAUAGAAUACAAUGAAUUGUUUCAAUUAUCUGUGAUGAUGAAUGUGAUAACUCUGUAUCUGUAUCAAAUACAUCUAGACUACGAUUGAAGUUCUUUCGUAAUGAUAGAUUUCUUGAUAUUAUCGAUGCCGCAAUCAUAGGUGAAGCUUGCAACUCUGGCAAGGAAAGUUGGCUCUGCAAGAACCUGGCCCGAAUUUGACCGAAUAUCAUGAUUAAAAUCAUGAAUUAGUGGCUUUUCGUAAUUAGAUAAAGAAACGAACUCCUCGAUGUGUUCAACUGAUAUCUUUACCUCUAUCUUUACUACCCCCUACCAUUCUUUAAAUAUCAAAAGCCCGCGACGAGAGCGUCUACAGGUGUAGCGGAGCAAUCGUAUAAAUAUGCUACGGUACCGCCAUCUGUCAAUCAUUGCAAUCAACAGGUCUAUUGUUUUCUGAUCAAAUCAUCGAGCUUGCAAAGCUCUGUGGAUCAAAAGUGACCCAAGCUUACAAUUAUCGACCAGAGGUCACUUAAAUUAGAUAAGAAAUCCGAUAGAUGGUGAAUUCUUUUUUGUGUAUCGGUCACAAAUUUGGUUCUAGUUACUUAGCCUUGGUGAAAAUACUGUUUGCGAUAAAAAUAAAAGACGGACUGAAAUGUUUACCGA